UUGAAAAUCAUUUCAGUUGUUGGGUGUUUAACGAACGCGUAGCAUACGCUAAUUCCAAUACCAAAAAUAAAAGAAAAACGGAAUUUAUUCUUUUCCAAAGGGAAAAUAAAUUUCGUUUCAAAGUAAUACAUUUUUCAUUAAAUAAAGUAUUGUCACACCAAACCCAACAAGAUGUUGUUCACUUCACUGAUAGAGGCUGCCCAAAAUUCCCCCUUUAAGAAGCCAUUCACCACAGCUAGCUGCGAACCAGCUAUGGAAAAAGGUCAAUUGACCAGGCAUCAUACUAUCCAAGCUGCGGCAGCUUCAGAAGGUGAUUCCUGUGAGUUUGGCUCCAAUCACUAUUUCGCCCUUUGCGGUUUGGGCGGUAUUAUUUCCUGUGGUAUCACUCACACCAUGGUUGUGCCAUUGGAUUUAGUUAAGUGUCGUUUGCAAGUCGAUCCUGCCAAAUACAAGAGUGUCGUCAAUGGCUUCCGCGUCACAUUGGCUGAAGACGGUUUCAAGGGCUUGUCCAAGGGUUGGGCCCCCACCUUCUUUGGCUACUCUAUGCAGGGUCUCUGCAAAUUUGGUCUCUAUGAAGUGUUCAAGGUUAUGUAUUCCAACAUGAUUGGCGAAGAGAACUCCUAUUUGUACAGAACAACUUUAUAUUUGGCUGCCUCUGCUUCGGCCGAAUUCUUUGCCGAUAUUGCUUUGGCCCCCAUGGAAGCUGCUAAAGUUAAGAUUCAAACUACCCCCGGUUUUGCCAACACUUUGAGGGAAGCUCUGCCCAAGAUGUCCGCCCAAGAAGGUAUGGGUGCUUUCUACAAGGGUUUGGUGCCAUUGUGGAUGCGUCAAAUUCCCUACACAAUGAUGAAGUUCGCUUGCUUUGAAAGAACUUUGGAGUUGUUGUAUGCGUAUGUUGUGCCCAAGCCUCGCCAGGAAUGCACCAAGGGUGAACAGUUGGUUGUUACCUUUGCUGCUGGUUACAUUGCUGGUGUAUUCUGCGCUAUUGUUUCACAUCCUGCUGAUACUGUUGUCUCCAAAUUGAAUCAAGCCGCCAAGGGCUCAACUGCUUUGGAUGUAGCCAAACAAUUGGGCUGGAGUGGUCUGUGGGGAGGUUUGAUGCCCAGAAUUGUCAUGAUCGGUACCUUGACCGCCGCCCAAUGGUUCAUCUAUGAUGCCGUUAAAGUAUACUUGCGUAUGCCCAGACCACCACCACCAGAGAUGCCCGAAUCUUUGAAAAAGAAGAUGGGUCUCACAUCAUAAAUCGAAUUAGGUUUUAUUUUUUAGCUAAUAUUUUAAUUUAAAACAAAACUCGCAAUUGUCAGCGAAUUAACAAAGGCGCAAACUGCAAGCGCUGCCAACAUUCGCACAGGUAUGUGCGUAUGCACUUGUGUAUGUAUGUAAUCAUCAUUUAAACUAAGUGGAAAAGUAUACGAUUGAAGAUUCUUAAAACGAAUACAAUAAAUAGAGGGACGAUGAUCUUCAAACAA